UCCAAGUUUACUUUUUGUGACUUUGUCUUGUAAGUUCUUUAUAAGUUCAUUUCAUGGUUAGAGCCUAUAGCAUCACAAAAUUUUUUCUACAAAUAAUUCAGUCUUCCUAACUUCCCAUCUCAGCCAUAAAGCUUGAUUAACAGAUCUGUAGAAGGAAGCUGGUUUGGGGCUUGGGGACUGGAAAAAAUGCUGUGGGAUUUAAUCAUCUUUAAGAAAAUACGCUUUGUACUUGGAGGAGAUAUUAGAUUUAUGCUCUGUGGUGGAGCUCCUUUAUCUGCGGAUUCUCAACGCUUCAUCAAUAUCUGCAUGGGGGCUCCUAUUGGCCAAGGAUAUGGCUUGAUAGAAACUUUUGCUGGAGCUGCUUUUUCUGAGGCAGAUGACACAGCAGUGGGCUGUGUAGGGCCACCCCUUCCUUGUUGCUACAUUAAGGCAGUGGCUGCAUAACCAUGUCAUUAUCAGACAAAGAAUCUUCGACAGUACAUAGCAGAGAUUUCUUCAUCAAAAUGACUGGUUUAUGGUUUUCGGUUUUCAUUUCUUGUUGUUCCUCUAGUGUCUUUACUCGUUCUUUCAGAUGUUUUACAUAAUUGAUGGCAUCUCCCAGAACAGAAGUCCUGUCCAUCUGUUAAGAGUUUACCAUCAUUUACAAAUUUGAGAAAUAUUAAUGGCUUUACAUAUAUACAAUGUAGUAUUGAGAUCCCAUAAAAAGAAACUUAUAGGAUUAUAUAGUCAUAUAUAGUCAAUUAUUUUUUGAAAGGUCAAGUUUCUGCAGCCUUUGGCAGUCAACAAUAUUUGGAGUUAUGCUUCCAUUAAAAUUGUUUUCUGAUAAAUUAAGCACUGAGAGUUGUGUGAGGUUUCAUAAGGAUGAGGGGAUUUCUCCUGAUAAUGCAUUCCCAUUCAACAGUAGCAUUUGCAAGAGCCUUAGCUUCCCCAAAGAAGUCGGAAUGACACCUUCGAGAAGAUUAUUUUCCAUGGUUAAAAGGAUUAAGUUGACCAGAUUUUUUAAUGCUGGACGAAUAAUUCCAGAUAUUUGAUUCCCUCCAAGAUAAAGUUGGGUGAUUUGAGCUGACAAAUUGGCUAAAG